CCGGGCCGGGCGCGGCACUCCCCGCGGCGCUGGGCCGGGCCGGGCCGGCCGGGCCGGGUCCGUAUUAGUGCGCCCAUGGGCUGAGCGCGGCGGGGCCAUGCGGCGGGCGCUGGCGCUGGGGCUGGGGCUGGCGCUGGGGCUGGCGCUGGCGCUGGCGCCGCGGGGCGCGGGCGGGUGCGGGCCGGGCCGCGUGGUGGGCAGCCGCCGCCGGGCGCCGCGCAGGCUCGUGCCGCUGGCCUACAAGCAGUUCAGCCCCAACGUGCCCGAGAAGACGCUGGGCGCCAGCGGCCGCGCCGAGGGCAAGGUGGCCCGGCAGGGCGAGCGCUUCGCCGAGCUCACGCCCAACUACAACCCCGACAUCGUCUUCAAGGACGAGGAGAACACGGGCGCCGACCGGCUCAUGACCCAGCGCUGCAAGGACCGCCUGAAUGCGCUGGCCAUCUCGGUGAUGAACCAGUGGCCGGGCGUGAAGCUGCGGGUGACCGAGGGCUGGGACGAGGACGGGCACCACUCGGAGGAGUCAUUGCACUACGAGGGCCGUGCUGUGGAUAUCACCACCUCCGACCGCGACCGCAACAAGUACGGCAUGCUGGCACGCCUGGCCGUGGAGGCCGGCUUCGACUGGGUCUACUACGAGUCCAAGGCCCACAUCCACUGCUCUGUCAAGUCAGAGCAUUCGGCAGCAGCAAAGACGGGCGGCUGCUUCCCAGCAGAGGCGCUGGCGACGCUGGAGGAUGGGGCACGGACUCCGGUGCGGGCGCUGCGCCCAGGGCAGCGUGUGCUGGCGAUGGACACACGGGGCCAGGCCACCUACAGCGAGGUUGUGGCCUUCCUGGACAAGGCAGCUGCAGCCCAGCCCGUCUUCCACGUGCUGGAGACCUGGGACCCGCCGCGCCGCCUGGCCCUGACUCCGUCCCACCUGCUCUUUGUGGCUGACAAUGCCACGGUGCCCGCCUCCCACUUCCGCGCCACCUUCGCCAGCCGUGUGCGCCUGGGCCAGUACGUGCUGGUGGCCGGGCUGGGGCAGGGGCUGCAGCCGGCACGCGUGGAGACCGUGUCGGUCCGGACGGAUGUGGGCGCCUACGCCCCACUCACCCGCCACGGGACGCUGGUGGUGGACGGCAUCGUGGCCUCCUGCUUUGCCCUGGUGGAGGAGCAGGCCUUGGCCCAGCUGGCCUUCUGGCCCCUGCGGCUCUACCACGGCCUGGUCGGGGCAUCCUACGGCCAGCCCGAGGGGCUGCACUGGUACUCGGGGCUGCUCUACCACCUGGGCCGCCUGCUGCUGCCCCCGGAGAGCUUCCACCCCCUGGGCACGGCCCCGCUGCACAGCUGAGGGCACACGGGUGAGGAUGGAGCCAUCGCUGCCACAAGGCUCCUGGCUCUCCCACAUCCGGGCUGCAAAAGGGCCCGGACAUGCCAGGCACGGAGAUGGCAGCCCUCCACCCCGGCUGGACCUAGUAUCGGCCGGAGCACGCUCGGGACUUGGGUCCCCUGGGCUCUGGAUCCAGGGUCAUGGAUGGCUCAAGGCAGCCUGGCCCGGGGGGGCUUGGUGCACCAGGCCCCCACAGCUGCGGGGAUGCUCUUGGCUGGCUCCACAUGCUGCUAGUUUGGUGCGACAUUAACUGAGGACUGAGCGAAUGGCCAAGCCACGCUGGGGCUGGAGAGGCCCCGAUCCUAGGCAGCUCACACGUGGUGGAGGCAAUGGGGACCUUCAUUGCCCCCAGGCUGCAGGGGGGCAGCAGCUGACACCAAGGCAGCUUCCGGGGGCUGGGGAUGACCCCACUGCCCCAGCAGGACCCCGGGGCCCAGGAGCAGGUGGGGGGUCACAGCAGGGGCAGCUCUGGCUGCAGGGAGGAAGCCGGUUGGGGGUAACCCCCAGGGCCCCCCACCCACCAGGCCAGCCUGGGGUCACGCGCACGGCAGGAGGGGAUGAGGAGCUUCCCCACCACAGUCCUGUCUCCAUUGCCGGGCUCCCACCCAGCCCCCGGCCUCCAACCCGCAACCCUCGGGGUCAUUCCUUGCUGCUCUCCCUGGAGCGGGGAGCAGGGCGCCUCCUGCUGGCAGUCUCCUGCUCCCGGGUCAGCUGGGAGGGCAGGGGGGGGUGACCCCAGGCCCUGCCGCAGCAGACACCCUUAUUUAUUGAUCUGCUCUUGGGAAGCCCCGGGAAGCUAUGGGGGCCGGGGCAGCGUGGGGCAGGGGAGGGGUGGCCGGCCAGGCAGGGGGUUUAAAGCCCACGGGCAGAUGCAGCGCAGCUGUUGCGGGGACGGAGGCGUUGGCGCGUGUCUGUUGUCUCUUCACUGGAUGGACGUUGGGACGAGUCCAAUAAAUCUCUUGACCCACUG